AUGCGACCCUUCGCCGCCGUCCUUGCUAUCUCACUCCUCGCUGCCCCGGCCGCCGCAGAUUGGGAGCUAUACACUUCCACCUGCUACGGGUUCUCGGGUUCGUACAUGAUCAGUGGCGGCGCGUUUAACGGCGACCCUUGCUCAACAGAUAAGGGUGCCCAUUGGGAUAACAAUUACCGCGAGAGGCGGAUGGACUCGUAUAACCCGUGCAACCGAGAGGGCAAGAAACUGCGCUACGUUCGUGACGGGUCCGACUAUAAUGUGUACUGGGAGGACAGCCCGAACAACAAGAUUGGACGGUGUUAUGAGAAGAUCGAUCCCGACCGAACAGCGGUUUGCCAUGACAUCAGGUUGUCUUGCAGUUAUUCCCUGAUGUAUGAGUGCAAGUCUCCUGUUUGCACUUCUGAAAUGUAG